AGCCAACUUCACGUUAUUGAAGGGUGAGUUGUUUUCGAUUAUUUUUUGCCCCAGCUGUGUUAUCAGCCGGGUUUCUACAGUAUCAAGGUCAAUUGAUAUCGCUGUUCAUAUCCUUGAUACACAAUCAACCGGUCUCCGUCACAGCACAUCGUCUAUCUUUUUGAGAACCAUACCCGUCCUCUCUUGGCCUCUGCCGGUGCCCCUUCCCGCCUCUCCACUUGGGGCGCCGGGAAGAUCGCAAACCAAAAAGAGGCGAGUAAAAAUUUUUUUAGUCUGGUGCCUAUUUUUCACACAAUCCCACCCACUACUGCUGUUUAAAAAAAAAAAGGGCGGUAUAACAAUUGGAGCUUAGUGGCUCCUCUCCGCUACACCCGCCGCCCCGCCAGAACACCCAGAGCCGCUGUUGAAAGCACAAAUCGGCAUCGGAGAAGACCAACACGUUUUUUUUAUCCCGCGUCACAGCGUCUGCCACCCCGCCAUUGCGACAUCCAUUUUUUUUUCUCAUUAUUUUUUUUUCACUGGGGAAUCCUGCCUCCUACCUACGCGGCGUCGUUCCAUACAACCCCUGUCAAUUGUUUUCACUUCUUGCCCAGCUUUGCCUCGCCGCUGCCCCUCUUCAGCUACCCCUCCAUACCAUCCUUCUUUCGCCGACUUCCGCCUUUUCUCUCUUUUACACCAUUCUGAACAUCAGAAACUAAUCACCAUGAGCGCCUCUGCAGACAACACCGCCAACACGACUUCUCACGAUGCCUCGGGAAGACAGUCCACCACCACCACCUCCACCGCCGCCCAACUCGCCGGUGCUAAGGUAACUCUGCGCAACAACUUGCGCUCUUUCCAGGACUUUCCCAUCCCCGGAAUCGUCUUUGUCGAUAUCAUGCCCCUCUUCGCCAACCCCGAAGCCCAUGCUACUCUCGUUUCUGCUCUCGAGCUUCAGAUCAAGGAAACCUUCGGCAACAACAAGCCUGACGUGAUCGUCGGCCUUGACGCCCGUGGCUUCCUGUUCGGACCUGGCCUGGCCCUGCGUCUCGGCGUUCCUUUCGCCGCCGUUCGCAAGCAGGGCAAACUGCCUGGCCCUUGUGUCACUGCUGAAUACGUCAAGGAGUACGGCAAAGAUUUCUUCCAGAUGCAGGAGGGUGCCAUCCGUGAGGGCCAGAAGGUCCUCGUUGUUGAUGACAUCAUUGCUACUGGUGGUUCUGCUGCAGCCGCUGCCGACCUCGUCAAACAGCUCAAGGGCGACAUCAUGGGUUACAUGUUCAUUCUUGAGAUUCCUGGCCUCAAUGGCCGCGACAAGCUUGGCGGUGUUCCCACCACCAUCCUCCUUGAGGACGAGUAAUUGAGUCGUCGAAUUCUCGAUCGAGCGCGCAAAAGUGUUCAACACCACCAGUCACCUAAUCGACCGAUAUAAUAAAGACAUACCGACAAGACUUUGGCUACAAGCCAGUCUUACAAAGAAAGCAUAUAGAGCAUUUAUUCAACGUCUUGUUCUAGUAAGGCCACACCAGGAGCGUGGGCCAGCUGUUGCAUUUUGAAGCACACUGUUUAGUUUUUUGCCAUUCUUCUUUUUUUUUUUUUCACUGAGGUUAGGCGUUGUUUGGAAACACCCCAAAAGAACAAUUUAAGAAGACAAGGGUGAAAAUUGUUCAAAUAAUACGAAAAUAAAUAUCGUUUUGAGAGUUAAAAAUGUCUUUGUUAUGUAGGACAGUGAAAGAGGGACCUAUUGUAUGCUGUCGACUACCAUAGACGACUUUACGGCUUGCAGCGCCGCUAAUCUAUAUUGCAUGCAAUGUACAGACAGAAUUAUAUAUACACGUAUAAUUUACAGGCACAGUUUGCCACUUAAUGAUACCAUAGAUUCGCCAGUUAAAUCACCAUAGCAUUAUCAACCAUGAGCCCUUGGCUGCGGAUCUUGUAUCGUCGUCGCAUACCGACACCAGCAGAUGCACGGAACAGGUCGUAAUCGCCUAUUUCGCCUUGCAUGAGCACCAUUGGGAUACCAUGGUGCCGCUUGACACCGCUUGGAGUGAACUGCUCCGAGUCCAAUAACGGCCGUGGCAAGGUUUCGGUGUUUGUCGGGUCGCGUUCGUCCAGAAUGAGAACAAGCUGCAGCGCCUGGGGCCCGGGUGCAAAGGAAGGAAUAUUGUCAAGCUUCUUAUUGAAGGAGCAGCCGCCCCUUCGCAUAAGGAUGACUUGAUGUUUGCGAGAGGCCCGAGGUUCCAGCGGAGCGUCACAGGCAUAAUCUGCAAAGUAGAUGGACUUCCAGGGAAAGUGCUCUUCAGGGUUGCGAGCGUCGAAUCCAGGGCGGUUAUUGACAAGAGUAUCGGCAGUCGAUGGGAGAGGGAACGACCCAGGGCCGGUUGGAAGGUUUGCCGUCCAGGUGAUGAUGUUUGGCUGGUUAUCUACUAAAUCGUCAAAGGCGGGAGCAUCUGUGGCGGUAGGGUCGAAGACGGAUGUCAUGGCUCGGAGAAGAUUCUUUAACAGAGGUACCGAAUCGUACUUGGCGUUGCUCUCCUCGGUCGGGGCAGCAGGCUCGUCAGUCGCAUCUGGGUUGGGUUGGGUUGCUUCAUGGGGAUCGGGCUCUGGGUCUUCAACAAGCAUGACAAUGUCUACAAUGUCGGUACGGCGAAGACAGGUGAAUGCGUCAUCCUUGAAAUGUCGAACAUGCUCAGAGUAAAAGUUGACGACGUCGUGGCGGCCGAGGGCAGUGUUUCCGACACCAGUGAUUCUCCAGACAUUUUCAUCCAUCAUCUCAUUAUAUUCCCUUUCUAAUUGUAGCUUGACGCCUUCCAAGUUUUGGAUAGUCGGACCGGUAUCAUCCAGCCAAGUCAAAGGGGAUGUAAGCUGCGAAAUAAAAGAUGAGGCGCCGUCAGCCGUGGGAAACUCGACCCACGACAUGAUUCGCUCCUUUGGCGCAAUGCAGAUACCGUCCGAGGGAAGCAUGGUUGGAGGUAGCGUCCACGGAAAGAUAGUGUGAUUGGAAGUUGCUCUAUACUUGAAGACUGGGCCGUCUUUGCCUUUGUCGUCUUGAAGUAAUUUCUCAAUCGGGCCAUGUAUGUUUGGCGUGUUGUAGAGCUUCGUGAAACGUGAUACAUCGAACAAGUCAAUGCGAGAUGCCGUGACAGAACCAGCCAGUGGGUGUGAGGGCUGUUUUGGAGCAGGGCAAGAGUUGGUAAAGUUUUGGUCAUAAUAUGUGUAGAGAGACACGCUUGUGUUUGUGCUCACGCUCUUCUUUGGCGAUCGGCUUGGUCGGCUGUAAGACUUCUUGGGGAUGAUGAGCGGAUGGCCUUCUGUUGUGAAGACAUAAGCUGCAUCAAAGUUGUUUAGCUUAUGAUCCGGAUCAAACAACAGAUACAUGUACUUUGUAGUUUCUCCCAGAAAGAAGCUCUCCAUACGAUCCUGCUUUUCGCCUGUGCGAACGUCUUGCAAGCCAGCCCAGCCGCACGGCUCGUAGCAUCUGCGCUGGAUGUCUUGGAGGACCAUCUCACCAACACGCAAAUACCAGGGAUCCUUCGUUGCUCGAAAGAUGUGAUAAGUAGACUCGAUGAAUUCUGGUCGACCGGGCCACCAGCCUAAGCCCUGCUCGACGUUGUUUUCGCGAAUAGACCAUCGCUCCGGAAUAGCUGCGUAUCGCGUCCACAGCGCCGUGUAAACUAGGUUUGCUUCUACAGCCUCGUCAACUUCGCCAGCCAAAGCUAAUAGUCCGGGGUAAAAUGCACCAAGACUGUCUAUCCACAUAGUGUAGGGUUGGCCAGUCGCGCGGUGGUUGUUGGAGUAAUACGGAAACGAGUUUCGGUCAGUGUAGAGGUAGCGCUUGACUGAAGCAUGAGCUUGAUGCCACGCUUGCAGAAACGCAUCGGACGAAUGUAGCUCAGGUGAAAGCGGGGGAUGUAGCGUAUUAGGGUCCAACCAACCGGUGCGGCUCUGAGCAGUCGAGGCAGAGGUGUUUGGCAUGCCAUGGCCCGAUAAGAGAAUAUGGCUCUUCAGAGCGUAUUCAAAGAAGCUGUCCAUUCCUGCACCAAUACCGGCGUGAGGGCCAAUCCAGCUACCACGUUCGGCAUCGAUGCCAUUGCCAAUUAGACCAAUAUCGCUCCUGCGGUCCCAAACCUCCCAAAAUGCGCGUUUGGCAGCUUGUUCAAAGCGUGGGUCACCAGUCAGCCGACUGAGAACUGUGAAUUCUAAUGUCAAGCUUCCUGCACCAGCGCUGCAGGUUUCUGUUAUUUCUGGCUGGCCGGAAGGGCGCGCUGGCGCUGUUUUGGAGCUGCUAUGUAGUGGAGAGUUAACGUAAAACGGGAUACCAGACCGAAGAUUAACUCGGGGGUAAGGUAUGCCGGUUGGUGUAUAGAAUGCUGGGAGGAGUCUCUCUGCAAGAUCAAGGGCUAACCGAAGCAGCUGACCAUCAUAACGGAAGCCACCAGGCCACGGUAUCGGUGCCAGCUCUAGAGGAUCGUCGGAGCGGUAUUCAGGUAACGGUGUUGCAUCGUAUCCGGGUAUCGGUAGGUCGCCAACUGCGAAGAGGUGGGCGCUAAGCAAGCCGCCAACGCCACGGAUAACAGUCUCAAAGACUUGCACUUUAGAAUCGAGAUCGAAUCCGCGGGCUCGCUUGCCUUGUCCACUGGGGCCGCUCCUCCCGUCGCCAUAGUGGGCAACAAAGUCAGAUAUGCCUUGUUGGAAAUCGCUUAAUGCUUGCUUUCCGGUAUAUGUGCCCUCGUCUGGUCCUCCGGCUAGGAUCGCAAGAGUCGACAAACUAUCGAUAAGGGUCAGGGAGUAGUUGCCCAGGGCAUCGUUUAGUCCUAUUUGGCUUGGGUCGUUUCGAUCGCGAGUUAAUGGACCACAAGAGAGUGGGCGCAG